AUGGAUAAAAUUACAAAAAAAACAUUAAAAAAAUUUAUUCAAGAUCAAAAUCUCUCACAAAAUGCACCUUAUUCAAUUUCAUCAGAGUCUUACAAGUUCCUUAAUGAUUUUGGCAAUAAUUAUAUAGAUACUAUAAUUAAACUUUCAAUUGCAAUUGGUAUAAAAAGAAAUGAAGAUGUUUUGGGAUCAAAUGAAAGAAUUAAAGUAAAAAUAGGCGAUUUAUUAACAUCAUUACCCAUUUUAUUCACUACUGGGACAUUUCUUAAUAGUUUAGCAUGUACAGUUUCAAAUGAAGAAGAAAAGAGUAAAACCAAUUUCCCAAAACCAUGGGUUAAAUCUAAAAUCAAGGAUCUUGGUAUAUGUGACAAGUUUAAAUUUGAGAAGGGGUACAUCAGUUCAUUGUCAUCAUCAUUAACUUUGAUUAUUUAUCAAAUUAUUUCAGAUUCUUUUAUUCCAGAAAUAAUUUGCAUUGAGUUUAUUACAAUUCGAUAUAGACUUAAAGAGGAAAUGUUGGAUUUAAAUCUUAUUUUUAAUAAAGAUUUUAUUUAUAAACCUGAAGAGAAUAAAAAGAAAGAACAAUUUGCAGACACUAAAGCUCAAAUAUGCCAAUUAUUUGGUAUUAAAGAUUUUUUACAAAAUAGAAUAACAAUUUUAAAUUAUUUAAUAGAUUAUUAUAAUAGAAAUACCAAUGGUAACUACAGCAACAAUAAUAUUAGUGAUAAUAGUGGUAUACUAAAAUUAAAAGACAUUACUGUUAAUCAUCAAGAAAAGAAAGAAAAAGAGGAACAGCAUGAGGACCAUGAAGAGGAAAUGGAAGAAAACGAAUUAAUGCUAUAUGAAGAGAACUUAAAAAAAUAUGUUAAUAAGGUAAAUGGUAAGGUACAUUCUAACAUAUUGAAACGAUACCUCUAUUCCAACCAAGUAGAAUCUAAAUCACAAAAAAAGAAGAAACAAAGAGUAGGGUCAAUAAAAGCAUAUGAAGGAAACACAAUAAUUUCAAAAACUGUUCAAAUUGAAAGUGAUGAAACUGACAACUCUGAAUAUUCAAGUAUUUCUUCAGAUGAAUCAUACAUUCAUGCAGAUUUUAAUGCUACAACAAGAAAUGAAGAACCAGGGUCACCAGACCAUGAUUCAUUAACUUACAAAGAAAGACUAAAGAAAUAUGGUUCAGGUUAUGAAGAGUGGAGGGGAUAUGCUGUAUUAUUCUAUAGAGAUUUGAUUGAUACCGAUUCAGGCCAUGAGAUCAUGGGCGGUUCAAGAUGGUUAUGGGAAAAUCGUGAAGAUUUUGGCUGGUCUGAAAAAGAUUAUAAUUACUAUAAUGAUUGA